AUACGCUACAAGCGUAUUAAUCGCAUUGUAUUACGUGCCACUCGUCAGAAAACACUGUAAAUGUUUUAGCGGAAUUGAUCAAGGGAUAACUGACAUAACCUUUUUACGUACGUACGUACAUAUGCGAAACGCGAGUCACGAUAAGCAUUCAUUUCUAAGGGAUUUUCUUUAAAAUGACGGAAUUUAUACAAGGAACGUGUAUGUUAAUGUGUCCAGACAAAGAACGUUGGAUCAGAGAAAAGGAGGGUUUACUACACAAGUUUGAGAUCAAUGAAACUACAAAGGGAUCGAAAUUGCCGAAGGCAGAUCCAACAAAAACGAUAAAAUGCUUUAGCCGUCCAGCAGCAGGAUUAGACAUGACAGAUAUGAAACAAUUACGUCCAGCACCAGUCUUAUUAUCGACGAUUCGAUAUUUGUUUACCAAGAUAGCUACGCGAAACGAUGUUGAUUGGAUAAUAGUAUAUGAUUUUAUUUUUGAUCGUAUCAGAUCUAUCAGGCAAGACGCUGCGAUUCAAAGGAUUGAUCUCCCAACGAACAUUCGGUUGUUGGAAUCCAUAGUUCGAUUUUUGGUUUAUUCUGGGCAGAGAUUAUGCGAGCGAAGUAUCUCCGAAUUUAAUGCAAAAAUCAAUGAGCAACACCUCGCUGAAUGUAUAAUGCGUUUGUUAAACUUAUACGACGAGUUUGAAGAUAAAAAAAGUUCUCUGGAACUUGAUAGCGAUAUGAAAAAAUUAAUGUUAAACGAUGAUCGUCCACAAAUGGAAGCAUUAUACAUUCUUUUACACAUGGGUAACACAGAAGCUUUGAUGAGAGGAUUACAACUUCCUCUCCAUUUACGAAAAUCUCCAAAUGUACAAUUAUCCAUAAAAAUAUCAUUCGCUUGGUAUUUAAAAAAUUAUGUGCGCGUCUGUUCUUUAAUUCCACAACUUCCUCCGUUACUUAUUUGCGCAGCAAUGACGGGCAUACAAAAAUUAAGAAGGAUGGCAUUGAAAAUCAUGAGUUCAGGAUACAACAAUAAAGUUUUCACGUUUCCAGGACUUAAAUUGCAACAACUUUUACUAUAUAAAGAUAUAGAUAAAAUUCGAGCAGAUUGUGAGCUGUUGGGUCUUAUAUUCAUCAAUCAAAAUAUUUUAUUUCAAAAAGCGAAUUUCAAAGAUGAAGUUCAACUGACACAUCCAGAGAUGUAUUACACAGAUCAAUCCUUGCACAAUGUUUUACCAAAUGUUUUACUUGAAUCUAUGUAAUGUAUGUAUAAAAGGUAUAAUGCUAAUUUAUAUUGUUAUAUCCUCAUCACUUCAUUUUAUCAGGGAUUAAUAAAUGUAUCAAACUAAUAAUGAAGAAUCUCUAUUAAUCCCUAAUAAAUCUAGUAUCUCGUUGUAGAAUA